UUAUAGGCUACAUCUCUAUGUCCCGUACAGUUAUACCCGAACCAUCACAUUUUUAAAUUUGCACUAUACCACCCAUCUGCCUGAUCCCCGAGCACAGCAGGCUACAGCAGCCAGCUGUUGGAUUAUUGCCACAGCACUAUCUCAUCGGGGAAGGCGUGUCCCUCCCCGAAUUACUCAGCGCCCCCUUUGUCCUCGGUCGGUGCCCAGCCAGUGACACUCAUGGCGGCUGCACCCGUCAGGCAGCGCUCCGGGCCGGGGGGACCCCGGGCGCAGCUCCCGCCCUGCUACUAUGAAGGCUAUCUGGAGAAGCGAGGACCAAAAGAAAAGGCGUCCAGGCGUCUGUGGACCUGUCUGUGUGGCAAUUCUUUGUAUUUCUUCAACAAUGCCAAGGAUGCUCAUUAUGUGGAGAAGCUGGACCUCGGUGGGUUCGUGUCGCUGAAGGAUGACUACAGCCGAGACAGGAACCUGGAGGCAGCCAGACUCAUCCUGCGCAUGAAGGAUGGAGAGACCAAACUCACGGCACCCAAUUUGGAAUCUAGGGAGCUAUGGAAAGGUUUCCUCUACUCCGUCAUAGAUCUUAACGUCCCGUCCUGUCUUACCUUGCUGCCUGGCCAGCUGCAGAUGCUAAAGGAGGUGGUGGACAAAGAGCGGUCGAGGCGGAGAACUCGCACCCCAACACGUGCUCCUCCCUCGCCCCUCUCUGUGCCUUUAGUAGGAGAGAUCCCACCGUGUUUCCGGCCGGUUUCUCGAACAGAAGCUGAAGUCCUCCUAGAGAGACAUCCAGAUUGUGGAAACAUGCUGCUCCGUCCAGGCAGAGAUGGGUGCUCACUGGCUGUCACGACUCGACAGGACCUGAAUGGGUCAGUAUUCAGACAUUAUAGAGUGACUCAGAGGGAUCAGGGCGGUUACGUGAUUGAUGUAGAAAAUCCUAUCCCUUGUGCUACACUUCAUGAAGUCAUUGACGCUCUUGUGGAAAAGACUGCAGGAGCUCUUCAACCGUUCCUACUUGAGGAGCCUUAUGAAGAGAAUAUCACAUACGUUUCUGCCAAUGAUGAGAACGGAGAAAGGAUCCUCCACACCGCCCCCACCAGCCCCCUGCCGAAGGCUCCUGCCCUGCCUCCAAAACAAGAUCGUUGGUGCAGUAGCCCGCUGUCCAGAUCCCCUGCCCCGGACCGCCGCAUCCUGACCUCAUCAGUGCCAGCCUCGCCCACCAACCCAAUGAGACGCCUCAUCCUUUCCCCGUCACCUCUUGCACAGACACUCAAUGAGGAACUCAAAAUGAAGCUGGAGAAGAGGCGAGCCAGCCAGGAGUGACUUUAAUCAUAAGGAUCACAGCAUUUUCACUCUUCGGUGCCAACCCACUUCUCACCGCAGCUAUGUACUCAUCCUGUGCCUUUACGGUGGAAGACAAUGGACUACAAAUACCACUUUCUCAAAAGGAGAUGCCAACGGCUCUGAGUUUCAUGCUAUGAGGAUUUUGGACUUGUUAAUUAAACACUGGACUGAAUCAUAAAAACCUCAUAAAAUGCUGCCCUCCUUGAUUGGAGCACAAUCCACUUGUCUUUUGUCCACUUACAUAAAGCUGUUUACAAACUUUCUCUUGAGCAAAAAAAAAAAAAAAGUGCCACAACAAAUAAUAUUCCUUCAGAAAAAAAAUCCACAACAAAUACUGAGUAUAUAUGACUGGCAGCUGAAAAGUAUUGAAACAUGCUUGACAACCUACUGAGCCUGAUAGCUGAUGACUGAGCAGCUGCUGGUCAAGAUGCCAAGAUCAACACCUGAGAAACUUUAUGUCCUCCUGAUCCUGAAUGAGCCCCAUCAGGUUUAGACUCAGCUAUCUGUAUUAUGACUGGACAAAAAAUAAAUGUGUAUGAAAACAGUCAAUCUGUCCAAAAAACUGGGGAAAAAAUGCACAAUCUCUUCCUGCUGCUGUUGGUGAUUAAUAAGCAACCAUUAAUGUACUGUAUUGUUGUUUCAAUGACACUGUACUGUUGUUGCUUAUUUUAAAGUGUGUCCUUAUUCUCUGCGAUUGUGUACGUGCUAUUGUUCGGUGCUAUGACUCACCAGUGCUCAGACCUGCCUGGAAACUGCAGAUGAUUUCUGUUUCUCUUCAACCAAACCUAUCUGCUGUAUUCAGAUUUAAAGGGUGCCCUCUAUUGGCAUGUCUGCCAACUAAAGAGGCAGAAACCUUAAAAACACACUGCAGUACAUAAAACUAAUAUGGAAUUUGUCAUUUAUACUGUAGACUGAACCCCGCAAACAAUUUCGGCUUCAUGAUAGUAUUACAUCACAUCCUACCUCUCAACCUUUUAUCAACAAAAAAUGAUGAUUCAUCAAAGAUCUCAUUAUUAAUCAGAAAUUCCACAUGUUUUUUUUUUUUUUUUUUAGCAUUAUGACAAUUGGCCAGUCCUUGAAUAUGUGAAACACCUGAGUACUGGUGGCAAACUGUGAUCAAGUGUCUUCUUGCAAUGAAAUGUGUUCUUGUAUGUUUGUAGGCCUACAUGAUGUGUCGUGUGUACUUGAUUGCUAACACAGAACAGUGUUUUUUUUAGAUAUCAGGGGCAUUACAUUGUUUUGCAUGGGUGUGAUUUGUCCUUGUCCUUUUAUUAAACUUUUUUUUUCUUAA